UUGCUCGCCACGCCGCAAGCGCUCAGGGGCUCGCCCUGGUCCCUCCUCCGCCUCCUCCCCGCGGAGUCUCUCCAGACCCGGGGAAAGUCCUGCGCGCCUCUCCGAGCUCCGCUGCUGCCCCGCUCUCCGCACCCCUCGGUUUUCCUCUUGGGGCGGGGGGGGGGAGCCAGGUGCGCGUGUCUGUGUGUGCCCUAAAAAAUCACAUGGUGUGUUAAGAAAUGCUCCAAAGAUGGCGGUAGCGGCGGCCGGAGGGGGAGGCGUUGGCGGCCGGGUGCAGCGGAGUGGCGCGCUGGAAGUUUUGGUGCGCGAGCGGUGGCACCGAGUGCUGGUGAGCCUGAGCGACGAGGCGCUGGUGCUGAGCGGCGAGGAGGCAAGCGCCGCCGCCGCCGCCGCCACUUACAACGGCAUCGGGGCAGCUGCUGCGGGCAGUAACGGCAAUGGGACCUUUUGCAGCAGAGGGUCCGCGGCGGCGGCGGGGGGCGGCCACUCGGGCGCCCCCGUGGCCGCCUGCAACCUUUCCGGCUUGGGGUCGCCCGAGUCCCCGUCUGUGGGCGGCGGGAGCCCCCAAUCCGGCUCGAUGAGCGGGCUCAGCAGCGGGGUGCGCACGGCUUUCACCGACCUGCCCGAGCAAGUUCCCGAGACCAUCUCCAACAAGAAGCGGUGCGUCAAGGUGCUGAAGCAGGAGAUGGGCGGCCUGGGCAUCAGCAUCAAGGGGGGCAAGGAGAACAAGAUGCCCAUCCUCAUCAGCAAGAUUUUCAAAGGGCUGGCGGCCGACCAGACCCAGGCGCUCUACGUCGGGGAUGCCAUCCUGGCCGUCAACGGGACCGACCUGCGGGACGCCACCCACGACGAAGCCGUGCAGGCGCUCAAGAGGGCGGGCAAGGAGGUGCAGCUGGAAGUGAAAUACAUGAGGGAGGCCACCCCCUAUGUGAAGAAAGGUUCUCCUGUUUCUGAAAUUGGAUGGGAAACUCCCCCACCUGAAUCCCCUCGGUUGGGAAACUCGUCCACUGACCCCUUGUCGCAGCUGUCUCUCUCCAUCCACAGAGACAAGAAAACGAUUCCACUCAAAAUGUGCUACGUGACACGGAACAUGGCUGUGUCAGACCCAGAAAACAGGCUUGUUGAAGUCCACUCACCUGAUGCCAAGCACACUCUGAUUCUAAGGAGUAAAGAUUCGGUCACAGCCCAAGCCUGGUUCACUGCUAUCCACUCCUGUAUCAGUGACCUCAUUCCCAAGGUCAUCUCAGAAGUCAGAGAUCAGCUGGGCAAAACAGGGCUUGCAGGAGGCCGAGAGAUUAGGCAUCUGGGUUGGCUGGCAGAAAAGGUGUUGGGUGAGAAUGAGAAGCACUGGAAACCAGCACUGGUGGUCUUGACUGAGAAGGAUCUUCUGAUGUACGAGAGCAUGCCAAGAAUCAAGGAAGCUUGGUUCAAUCCUCUUCAUUCCUAUCCCCUACUGGCCACAAGGUUGGUGCAUUCUGGCCCUGGAAAGGGCUCUCCACAGCCGGGGCUGGAUUUGUCCUUUGCUACUCGUACAGGCACACGGCAAGGGAUUGAAAGCCAUCUUUUCAGGACUGAGACGAGCCGAGACCUCUCACUGUGGACACGGAGCAUUGUUCAGGGUUGUCACAACGCGGCAGAGCUCUCCACAGAAAUAACCACCGCUUGCACCUACAAAAACCAGGAGUGCCGUUUGACCAUCCAUUACGACCACGGAUUCUCUCUCUCAACUGAACCCCAAGAUGGUGCCUUUCCCAAAACAAUUGUACAGUUUCCCUAUGAAAAACUAAAAAUGUCCUCAGAUGAUGGAAUUCGGAUGCUUUUCUUAGACUUUGGAGGGAAAGAAGGUGAAAUGCAACUGGACCUUCACUCUUGUCCAAAGCCCAUUGUGUUCAUCAUUCAUUCAUUCCUUUCUGCCAAGAUUACAAGACUUGGGUUGGUAGCAUAAGGACAGUCAUUUUCUGAGGAAGAAACGUGGAGCUGCCAGGCCAGUCCGAAUUGUGAGCGACAUCUUUGGCAACUUGAAGCUGCUAGCAACAUGCAACUACUCUGUGCAGAAACUUUGGCUCUGAUGGGCAAAGCCUGUUUGGAUCAGCUACGAGAACAAGGCACAGAAAGAGUAAGAGCCAUCCAGGAACUUAAGAGCAAGAACAUACACUUGGAAUUACGCAGAGUGCAAGGAAAACAACAUCAAUCAUUGUAAAUAACUGGCAAAAAUUGAGUUUUGAAGGAGUAAAAGUUUAAUACUACAUGGUGACAUUUCAGAUUAAUAACUGUGCCUGUACAGCAUGCACACUAUUUCCUGUCUUUGCAAGCUACAGCUGCAGUAUCUGUUCAUACAGGGCAACAGCAGCAUCCAACAGGUCUGGUUGGCAGCCUUUUGUGAGUAGAUAGUGAGCCUUAAAACACACUGCAGAGCUCUCUGCGAGAAUCAGGGCCAUCUAUGGCAACAAACGUAAGAACAAGAAGUUCGAAAACCCAUGAAUUCAAUGAGCGAAAGGAGGCAAAUGUGAUGUGUGUUUAUCUGCAUAGGAUCUGACAAAUGAAACUGGCUGGCCCAGAUUCUCCACUGAUCCAGCUUCCAGUUUUCAAGAAGUACCAGACAAAUACUACCUUUUUUCAUUAAUGGAUAAGCUGAGUGGCUUGUUUAUCCAGAUAGCAGAUCCACACAAGUUGCAAUGGUUUUAAAACCCAAAAUGUUUGUUCUCACCCCCCCCCCCCGCCCCCAAAGUGUCCUGAUCAUGAUAUACAUAUUCUCGCUCUCUCAGAAAUAUUGUUAGCAGCAUAGGCAAAGGGUUACCAUAGCCACACCUCACAUUUGGAGGAUGAAGCUUUCUUUGUUCAUUCAGUUGACAAGAACACAAGAAAAAGCCCUGCUGGAUCAGGCCAAAGGCCCAUCUAGUAUUGCUUCUGGGAGAGCAGGGGUCAGACUGGGACCCAUAUUUGGGGCUCAUGCUGCCAGUUGUCUACCCCCAUUUUAGUGUCACUUGAGACUGCUUUUAUGCUGUACCCAAGUUACUACCUGAAAAAGACUCCUGAAUGCAUCAACACUAAGACCCUACACAAACACAUGAGGAAAGGAAGGAAGGCUUUCAGCAAAAAUAUCUAGGACACCUGGAGCUGGUGGCUUCAGUGUUACAGUUUCCCUUGUUCAUACUUUUUGGAACACAUCUAAGUUUUCAAAAUUGAGGUCCUUUGAUUGGCAGACAAAAGGGAACUUCAGUUGUGUUCCCUGGAAAUAGGGCAGGUUAAAUAAAUCAAAUCUGCUUACUGUAGGGUUAUUUUUGUAUGUGUGCUAAGCAGGGGACAUGCCUUGUUUUGCAUACAGGUGGACCUAGUUAUCGGCAGGGGUUCCGUUCUGCCCUACAACUGUAGAUAAUGAGGCAUUGAGUGAAUGGGAAUUGGGGGGGGGGUGAGGUUCCUGGAGAACAAAAAAAAGAAUGUACCAUGUUCUUCAGCAAUGCCCCCCAAGCCCCCAAUUCAGCCAAUUUCCUGCAAAACAUCACAGAAUUUUUUUAACACACACACGAGCCACAAAAUGGUGGCCAGAAAUUACCUCAGAGGUCAUUCCUGGCCACCAAGGAAUCACAGAUAUGUGGAUUUUAACCCUUUGUUUAACCAUGUAUACUAAGGUUGGGUCCAGUGUUCCCUCUAACAGGGAUUCCCAGCUGUUGUUCACUACAACUCCCAGUAUCCCCAGCUGCAGUGGCCUUUGGUUGGGGAUUAUGGGAGAUGUAGUCAACAACAGCUAGGAAUUCCUGUUAGAGGGAACACUGGUUGUGUCCCCAUUGCCCGACCACAGAUACACGAAACCGCAGUUGUCAAGACAUGUGACGAGGUCCACCUGUAGUUAAGCAAUCAGGCUGAAUCUUUUGAUACUUCAGUAUCUCUACACAAUAUGAAUAGGUAAAAUAAUCCCUUGAACCAACAAAAAACAAAUGGUCAGUGCAAAUGCAGUGCUUCCAAUCUCUGAUCCAUAGUUAAUGAGAUCAAGAGUUCUCUGCAGUGUCAGGUACUCCCUUCACUCCAGAUUUAACACUAGCCAGGGUUUCCUUUAAUUAUGAUUUAAAAUCAGAGUUUGAAACAGGUUAAGAAAACCUGGUUAAGAGAGAAUAUGGCUAGCAUUAAUUAUGGCUAACACUGGUGCUAAUGUGACUUAUAGCCACCGUUUAGGCAGGCAAGGAAUUUGUUGUAGAGAGCGGAAGAGCUAGAGGAAGGGGAUCUUCACAAGUGCAUCAAGAGCCAUGCCUGUCAGUUAAAGAAUGGAAGGUGGUUAUUUGACUUUUGGCUUCAGUUACCUUUUGUAAAAAGUGAAGGAACAUGUUUAUAUACACACACAUGCUGAGAGACACCAGCCUAGCAUGAAUUAAGAGUUCUUCUUUAACCACAGAUGGACGAUGUUCAUGAAUUUGGAUGACACAGCAACCUCAAGACUAAAUCUGAAUAUUGUGUAUUGUAGAGAAAGACAAGGCAUAUGUAAAGUUGUAGGGCACUACUUCUUUAAACACUUAAAAAUCACUGGAAUGUUAUAGCUAUAACAUCUGCAUUGUAAAUAAUCAGAAUUCAUGUAUUAGUUAUCAAUUAUUAAAUUACAUGGUAUGUCAAUUUACGGUGCUCAGAUUAUAUGAAGAAUAAGUGAAUAACUAGUUUGCAAAAAGAAAAAUUGUUAUAUAUUUAUAGACAAAUUAAAUACAGAUUUUGGACCGACUCAUUUGCUUGGGGUUGAUAGAAUGAAAUAUAUGGAGCUACUCCAGAUUUAUAAGAAUUUAGUUUAAAAUAUUUAUAUUUUAGAGGGAAAAGACUAUAUUUAAUAAAAAUGUCAUUUAUUGGAA